AUGAAAGGAAAACAUCUGAUCGUUACCACAGCAAUUCCGUUUCCAGUUGUUCUGAUAGUGAAAACAAAUUCUUCGGGUCACGUAUUGUCAGUAGAUGGGACAUCACUUCACAUGCUCAUUUGGCUGUCUUCACGCUACGGCUUUUCGUAUUCGUUUCAAACAUUUGAGGGGACUACCAAUUCUCCUGGGUACGAUACCUGCUCGGCAAACAAGCAAUGUGAUAUAGUUGUGGGGGCCUUCGCGCUGACAGCUGCCCGCCUUGUCAUUUCGGAAUUCGUCCCGGGCGUGUUUUACACGAGCGUAGCAUCAGUUAUUGCAAUGCCCGAGUCGAUGAAUAACGUGGCCGCCGUCGUCAAGCCUUUCCAACUAUGGGUGUGGAUUGGAAUUAUUUGCGUCAUCCCGUGCGUUUUGUUGGUCCUUUUCUGUUUACAACGUUGGUAUUCAACAUUGUAUAAUCGAGAGGUAGAAUUUGGGCAGACGAAAGAAAAGAGCGAAUUGUCAUCAUCUUUUGGAUUUACGGCUAUUCUAUUUUAUGUCUUCGGGGUGUUAUUGAAUCAAGGCGCAUACUGCCCUGAUAAACGACUUGUCGUUCGAAUGGUUGCCGCUGUUUGGUGUCUAGCAGCUUUCGUUUUAGUAACCGGCUACAACAGUCUUUUAAUUUCUUACGUCACAUCGCCAAAUGCAGAGCCUCUUAUUCAGUCCAUCAAAGACUUGGGUAACACUUCUGAUAUUCACAUCGUCGUUGAUGCGGGUAUGGGUAUCGACUACAUCUUAUCGGUGGGUCCCGUUCGCGCUACUAACGCAACGAGCGGUUUUUACAAGGAAAUGGGAGACAAGUUACGAAGCUAUCCCAACUCACGUUGCCCUAAACCGGAGGUGUGCGUCGAUCUUGUCAAGUCAGGAAAUCACGCUUAUAUCGCUGUUACUAUUGCUGCAUUGCUUUCAAUGAAAAAGGAUUUUAUAUCAACGGGGAAAUGUGAUUUGACUAUGGCCAAGCAAAAAGAAUUUGCUCCAGCGCUAGCUUGGGUUUUACCAAAGCACAGUCCUUUGAGGGAAGAUAUCACCAAAGGUUAUUUCAAACUCAGGGUUAUUGAAAUUCUGGACUACGGAUUACUGGACAUUUGGGCGCAACGGUACCAAACUGAUGUUCGUAAAUGUCAAGACAAAGCCGAGAAGAUGAUGCAUCUGAAACCAUCACUCGACAGCCCACCUAGUGUGUCUCUUAAAAAUUUAACCGGAGCCUUCACUAUAUUAAUAGUUGGAUAUCUUGUAGCCUUAUUUAUAUUUAUUGGUGAAAAGCUAAUUUUUUGGGCCACAUCCGCUAAAUUUUUUUAG